AUGUCCGAAAGAAAAGUCCUCAACAAGUACUUCCCUCCCGACUUUGAUCCCGCCAAGAUUCCCAGGCGGCGCAUGCCCAAGGAUGUGCAGCAAAAAGUCCGGCUCAUGACACCCUUCUCGAUGCGAUGCGAGACGUGCGGCGAAUACGUCUACAAGGGCAAAAAGUUCAAUGCACGCAAGGAGCAGGUCGAGGGCGAGACGUACCUUGGCAUACAGAUCUUUCGCUUCUACAUCCGCUGCCCAAAAUGUGCUGCCGAAAUCACCUUCAAGACCGACCCCAAGAACGGAGACUACCUCGCCGAGCACGGUGCGGCGCGGAACUUUGAGCCUUGGAGAGAGGAAAGAAUCAUCAACGAGGAGCUCAACCGCGAGCGCGAGCAGGAGGAGGAGAACAACCCCAUGAAGGCCCUCGAGAACCGCACCCUUGCCUCCAAGAAAGAGAUGGAGAUCCUCGAUGCCCUGGAUGAGAUCCGGACGAGGAACUCGCGGAACGAGCGCAUCGACACCGACGACCUGCUCGACCGGCUGCUGGUCAACGGCGCGGACGACAAUCACGACGAUGAGUUUGAUCCUGAAGAAGAGGCCAUGAUCCGCUCGCUGUUCCAGAGCAACGACGGCAACAUGGUGCGGCGCAUC